AUGUAUAAUAAAACAGUCAUCCAUGAAGAUGAAUAUGAAAUCCAUAAUGAUGUUUCUUCUUUAUAUCAUGAGAUUCAUCAGCACUCCUCAAGGAAAAUGCUUAAACAAUUAAACAAUUUAAAACAAGUUCGAUUUGAUAGUUCUCCUCCAGAGGUUUUCGAGUAUGAGGCAUUGGAUCCUGAAAACCUUUUAAAUGAUAAUUAUUAUCAAAUAAAUUUUAAUAAUAAAAGUCAAGGAAUUUCUAAUAAUGAUUCCUUUGAUUUUUCUGAAAUUGAAAAUCAUUCCAAUAUUUAUGAAAAUGAACUAUCUAGAAGUGAAAAUAAUCCAUUAACUUUGCCGAUUCCAAAUAGAAAAGAAAUUUUCGAACUAGAAAAUUAUCCAAGUGAUUUGAAUCAAAAUAACAAUUUCCAAAUAGUCGAACCACUUAAAGCUGAAGACAUUCUUUCAAUAGAUGGUAAAUUUAUCCAAAAAACAAAAUUAUCCGAUAAAAUUUAUGAUAGCAGUUCAGAACAAGAUUCUAAGUUUACACUACCUAAUGAUAAUUGGAUCAAUCUCAAAGACAUUCGACUGGAAAUUGACAAGAUUUCCGUGAAUAAAGAAUCAAAUAAUGGGUUUAGCAAUAAUAUUAUCUCCAAAGAUCAUCCGACAACUAGUGAUCAAUUCAAUAAUCCAGAUUUCUUUGACAUGCAAUCGACAACGGAAUCUUUGAGCUUUUUAUAA